AUGGCGGGGCCCGAGGAGGCAGAGAUCGACAUUGUAGGGGGGGAGGAGGAGGAGGAGGAGAAGGGGGGCGCCAGGCCAAGGAAGGGGCUGGGUCUGCUCAGUGCCGAGGGGGCUGAGGAGAGGCUGGCCCCCCGAGAAGCGGAGCAAUCCGAGACCGACUGCUCCACGGAGUGGGAGGGCAGCGAGCUCUCCCCCCGCCUCGGUUCCAAGCCCAAGGCCAGCCUGGUCAAACCUCCCUACUCCUACAUCGCCCUGAUCACCAUGGCCAUCCUGCAGAGCCCUCAGAAGAAACUAACCCUCAGUGGCAUCUGCGAGUUUAUCAGCGGCCGCUUCCCCUAUUACAGAGAGAAAUUCCCUGCCUGGCAGAACUCCAUCAGACACAACCUGUCCCUCAAUGACUGCUUCAUCAAGAUCCCCCGGGAGCCUGGCAAUCCGGGAAAGGGCAACUACUGGUCCCUGGAUCCGGCCUCCGAGGACAUGUUCGACAACGGCAGCUUCCUCCGCCGGAGGAAACGAUUCAAGAGGCACCCCCAGCAUGAGGCUGAGCUGCUGAAAGAGCGCGGCGGCCUCAUGCUCUGCCACAACUUCACCUGCUACAGCCGCCCCUACCUGCUGCAGCCGCAGGCAUUCAUCCAGCAGCCGCCCUUCAGGUACCUGCCCCUCCCCGACGCUGCUGUCGCCCCCGCCCCCGCUCACACCCUCGGUGGGAAGGUUCACCCCUCGCAGCCCGCCGGCCCGGCUCUGCGGCUCCGCCUGCAAGCCAUCGGUUCGAAACCCGGCGCCGCUGCCUUCCACCGGACUUCGUUCAGCAUCGAAAACAUCAUUGGGAGUUCAAGCGCUGCACCAGGGGCGCUUCCCGCCUGUCCCGCCUCUCACAUCCAGUCCGAUUACUGCAGCCUCCUCCAGUCGACCCCCCGCCUGCUCUCGACCGUUUUAAAUAUGUCCACAAGGGCAGUCUACAGCAAUCCUUUGAUCGGAACACUCUCAGCCGGGCAACAGUUCCCUCUCUGCCACCCACCUUAG